CGCCGCCCCGCCCCGCCUCGGGCCCGGAGCGCCUGAGGAGGACGCGGACGGCGCGCCAUGGCCGUCACGCUGCCGGAAGUCGUGGAGGAGCUCCUGGGCGAGGUGGCCGCCGCCGUGCGGGACGGCGCGAGAAUUCCUGAUGAACUUCUCUCAUCGCUGAAGUUUGUGUUUGGGUCAUCAGCCAUCCAGGCCUUGGACCUAGUUGACCGAGAGUCCGUCACUUUAAUCUCAUCACCCAGCGGAAGGCGUGUUUACCAGGUGCUUGGGAGUUCUGGCAAAACAUAUACAUGCCUGGCUUCCUGUCAUUAUUGCUCAUGCCCAGCCUUCUCCUUCUCAGUGUUACGGAAGAAUGACAGCCUGCUGUGUAAGCAUCUCCUGGCAAUUUAUCUUAGUCAGGUUAUGAGAAACUGCCAGCAGCUCAAUGUGUCUGACAAGCAACUGACAGAGCUCUUGAUGGAGAAGACACAAGAAGUAUAAAAGUUGCAGACAGAACAUCGUCUUUCGAGGCAGAAGCCUAUCAGGAAAUACGUUCAGCAUCUUACGGUUCAUAAGGUGGAGGAAUGAAAUGGACUUCCAGACUUGUGACUGUCACUUUGUCCUCACAGGCUACAGGACAGGCUCUGGAUUGGCACUGUAGGCUGCAGAAGGCUUGUGUGUGGUUCAGAGCUCUUUAUGAUCCUAAUGUGAACCAGCUUCUGAGCUCCACUGGUAGAAAUGUUCCUGGGUAGAAGUCAGUAUUGUUGACUCAAAUAAAGCCUGAACCAUGUUGUAUCUGCAGUUA